UCGGCGUUGUGGGGGCGGAGUCAGGCUGCCUCUGGAGCUCCUGCAGACGUGGUGCUGGCUGUGGUCGUCAGUUUGCAGCGGCCGCCGUCUUCACAGCUUCGGAGUUCACUUCUGCUGCCGGCGCCAUGGGUCUGCGCAAGAAAAGCAAGAACCCAUCGGUCUUCAGUCACGAGUUCAUCGUUCAGAACCACGCCGACAUCGUGUCGUGUGUCGCCAUGGUCUUCCUACUCGGACUCAUGUUCGAGAUGACAGCUAAGAUAGCUGUUUCUUUCGUCACUCUUCAACAUAAUGUCACAAUCUCUGCAACAGAUGAAAAUGCUGAAUCGAUCAUUUUUUAUCGUUAUGGCUUUAAGGACAUCGCUACAGUUUUCUUUUACACGUUGGUUGCUAUUAUUCUCCAUGCUAUAGUGCAAGAAUACGUGCUUGACAAAAUCAACAGGCGGAUGCAUUUUUCAAAAACAAAGCACAGCAAAUUCAAUGAAUCUGGACAACUUAGUGCCUUUUACUUGGUUUCAUUUAUCUGGGGAACAUGCAUUCUAGCCUCUGAAAAUUAUGCAUCAAAUCCUCGGAACUUAUGGGAAAACUACCCCCACUCGUUGAUGCCCUUUCAGGUGAAGUUUUUCUAUAUUGCACAGUUGGCUUAUUGGUUUCAUGCCUUACCAGAGCUUUAUUUUCAGAAAACCCGAAAGGAAGAUAUUCCUCGGCAGCUUGUGUAUACAAGUUUGUACAUUUUUCACAUUGCUGGAGCUUACCUGUUAAACUUGAACCGUUUUGGUUUGGUACUUCUGGUGCUACAUUAUUUUGUGGAACUUCUGUUUCAUAUCUCUCGACUAUUUUACUUCAGUGAUGAAAGGAACGAGAGGUGUUUUACGGUUUGGGCCACCUUGUUCGUAGUGGCACGACUGCUUACUCUCUCUCUGUCUGUCCUCACGAUCGGAUUUGGCCUUUCUGGAUCUCAAAAUCAAAGUCUCGAUUUAGCCACCGGAAAUUUCAACAUACUGGCUAUAAGAAUAAGUGCUCUGGCUGCCAUUUGCUUAACCCAAGCAUAUAUGAUGUGGAAGUUCAUAAAUUUCCAGCUUAAAAGGUGGAAAGAACAUGCACAAAUACAGGCUCUAAAAAAGAAAGCCACUAAUACAAAGAACAAACCAACUAAAAAAGGAGAAAAUAAAGCUAAUGGAGUAAAUGGGACCGUCACUCCCGAAGAUAAAGAUUCUCCACGUUUGAGGAAAACUAAAUCAUCUUGAAAAAUAGACACACCUAUAUACAAUUUGCCAAUUGCUUUACUCAAUUUCCAUUGACAGUUUUCUCUCAAACAUUAUUUAAUUUGCUGUAGUAGAGAUUUCUAGGUACUUGAGCAACCGGAAACAAUUAAAAGCCAAUACAACUAAGGGAAGUGAGAAACUGAAGGGUAUGGUGGGGUGGGGGGAGGCUUUUCUUUAUUCACACUGUCCCCAUUUUACAGAGAAAAUAGAGCAGGUUAUUGAGUUUUCAAUUUGUCUGUGAAGUUCUGCUCUACCAGAACAACUCAACAAGAAAUAGAAUACAGGACGACCAUAAACUAAUCCUCGAGUGCAAGUCUUGAUGAGAAGUUGCACUGUAGCUAGGGCUAAAUAUUCCUAACCUCCAGGAUUCCUGCAGCAAGAAAAUUGUUACUUGUGCAGAAGUGGUUUUUUUUGAAAGAAAAAGCAGCUCAACCUUACCAAAGUAGAUUUGACUUGGGAAGAUUUGGUGAUCUGUCGCUCCCAGUGGGGACUACGCUAUGUUGGGACGUGGGAAAUUUCUCAUGUGCAGCACCUCUCUACCCCUUGGGAAUACAACAUCAAAUAAUGGUCUGUUCUCCAUUCGUAUGCCACUAAAAUGAUAAUCUUGCAAAUUGACAUAAAAAUACAAAGUGCUGUAGCAAUGCAAUUGAGGCAGUGACCUUGUCUGGAAAAAAAUUGGUAUUUUAACAUUUGUUUUCACCUGUAUGUUGAGUUUUGAAGUUUGUAUAUUUUAACUUUAUUUUGUCAUUCAUCACAGCCUGAAGAAAAUGUUAUCUUUCCUUUUAAAGGCUGUAUCAUCUUAUAAAGUUAUAUGAGCAGAUUACUUAGCAAUUCAUCACCAGAGCAGUUUUAAAACAUAUCAAAUGAGAACCUGUACCAGUUUCUAUUGUUAAUAUUUACAGGAUAAUUAUACUUCAUUUUUUUAAUACUAGAGGAUUCACAUAAAUGUAAGUUUAUAUAAAGGAUUGGUUCCUAAUGUCAUUUAUUUUCCACACUUUAAUUUCUUUUGAUUGAAAUUGCGAUUUUCUCCACUUAUCUGGUCAUCUACUCAGGUUAGUUUGAACAGGCAGAAUUUUAAGAGAUCGCUGCAAUAUCACAUUUUGAAAGAAAACCAUGGAGAAAAAAAUUGCAGUAGAAAAUCAAAGAAAUGUAUACUUACUAUUUUUUAACUCUAUGAACAAUAAAGGCUGCCAAAUUUAAAUAGUUUUAUAAAAAGUUGUGCAAGGCCUUAAUAUGCAGUGCUGCAGAUAUAACGAUAGAUAUCAGGUAACUAUUACAAGGUUUGAAGGUGUACAACAUUCUGUAAAUAGGGAGUUGCUAAUUUGAAAUGAGUUUUGAUUUUAUAAAAAAUUGCAUUGAAAUGAGAAUUUCGUAUAAGGAUCUUCGUUACCAUCAAGUUUAAAAACAUUUAUAGACUGCUAACUAUAGGUGGAGCUUUUAAUUUUGUAAAUUAAGGAAUGCUCCUGGAUAAAGCACUUCAAUGUUUUCUUGGACUCCUGUCCAUUUUUCCAGUUUGGAACAUCACUAGUGUGUAGGUGAGGAAUUAGAAGUUAAACUGCAAACAACUCCUUUCCUACAUUGCAUUUUUGAUCACAAGGAAAGUGAUCAUACAUGUCAUCAAGUUCUAGUAACUAAUCCAUACGUGUUUCAACUUUGUCAUCUAAUUGUAAACGAAAGUUGAAUUAAUGAGGUAAAGGCAUCCUCCUGGUUGUGGAUUCCAAUAUGAGAAUGAGGUGCAUAUCAUCACGUAAUGACUGAAAGCACAAAAUUACCACAAUUUUCAUUAUUUGAGUGCAUAGUAACAAUUUUUUUGAGUGCAAAAUGUUAUUUUGAUGUGAGAUGUUCUAAAAGUAGCAAAAGUAUAGGCAGUGUAAUAUUGUGCCUUACUGUGCCUAAACCUCACUUGGUACUGUUAGAGCUGGAUGCUCAAACUACUACCUUUCCUUCACAUCAAGGUCUAUUGCCAAAAUGUGCAAACAGCAAGAGGAAGGAAGGCUGUAUUUUUGAAUUAAAUAUUCAUGGAUAAUUUCUUUUAACUCUGCUUUAUUUUAUUAUAGAUGUUUUCAAAGUUAAUGGAUAAAAGUGACCUUUUUCAUUGCUGGCAACUGAUGAGUAUUAAAAUGCAAUGAAUCUUACCAGAACUAUAAUGAUCAUGUCUCAAAUAAUCAGGAACCUGGUUUUAUUUUGAACGUGUUGUCUAUGAAUUGUAUUUUCAUUUAUAUGAACUGUCUGAAUUAUUGUAACUGCAUUUAUUGCAGAGUAAAUGUGAAGUAAGUUGUCCAUCCUAGUUUGACUCUUUAUUUAAUGCUGCAUCACCACAUUUACUGUAAUUUUUAGAAAUGAUUAAUUUGUACAACCGGAGAAACUAAAUAUUGAAAUUGCAAAACAAAAAGAGGAAUUUGGCAAAUGGAGCAGCAUUUUUGGAGGCAAAAUAAUAGUCUGGUUCUAGUCACCACCCUGCAUCAGGACCUGUGCAGAGUCUCGACCAGAAACGUUGACCAUCCCUCUGCCUUCACAAA